UCCCAACCAUUUAUGCGUUGGAGAGACCGUUUCUUAUUUUGUGCAGAAGCAAUUUAUAAAUCACAGUCUGAAACAGGGGAAAUCAAAGGACAUUACUUGAAUGCUACUGCAGGUACAUGUGAAGAAAUGAUGAAAAGGGCUGUAUUUGCCAGAGAAUUGGGAGUUCCUAUCGUAAUGCAUGAUUACUUUUUUCUUAAACUAUUGAAAUUGUUGGAUUCAAAGAAUUUUAUCUAAUUUUAUUAACGGAGC